GCGGUCAUGUGAGCCGUCCAAGAUGGCUGCCGGGGAGCCCCGCGCCGCGCCCGUCGCGGGAAAGGAGGAAGACUUUGAGAUUAUUGACAAAAAACAGCUCCCUGACGCGGCCGAGUUGAGGAACGAGGAGAAGGCGAAACCGGAGGAAGCGCGGUGGUCUGCUCCCAUCUUGUCUCUGGCCAGGAAAGCCUCGGAAAACUUGGCGCUGGGCUAUGGCAGCGCCCUGAAGUCCGCAUCCCUGGUGGGAUUGGUGUCCAAGCCCGGCAGCAGUGACAGCCCGGCAAAGACAAGUACGGCUCCGCUUCUUUAGUAAACUCGCUUUUGUGGUGCGCAAAUGAGUUCGCUCCCGUACACGGUGUCACACCAUGGAGGAGCGUGCCAACCUCAUGAACAUGAUGAAGCUCAGCAUCAAAAUCCUCAUCCAGUCAGCCCUGAGCCUGGGCCGGACUCUGGACUCUGAUUUCCCACCACUGCAGCAGUUCUUUGUGGUGCUGGAACACUGCCUCAAGCACGGGCUCAAAGUGAAGAAGAGUUUUAUUGGACAGAACAAAUCAUUUUUUGGUCCUUUGGAGCUAGUGGAAAAACUUUGUCCUGAAGCAUCAGAUAUAGCAACCAGUGUUAAAAAUCUGCCAGAGUUGAAGACUGCCGUGGGCAGAGGGAGGGCUUGGCUUUAUCUAGCACUCAUGCAAAAGAAACUGGCAGAUUAUCUCAAAGUGCUCCUGGACCAUAAGCAUCUGUUAAGUGAAUUUUAUGAACCUGAUGCAUUGAUGAUGGAGGAGGAAGGAGCAGUUAUUGUGGGUCUGCUGGUUGGGCUGAAUGUUAUUGAUGCAAACCUCUGCUUGAAAGGAGAAGACUUGGAUUCCCAGGUUGGAGUGAUUGAUUUUUCCUUGUACCUUAAGGAAACACAGGACAGUGAUGGCAAACAAGAUGGAGGGAUUACAGCUGUCCUUGACCAGAAGCAUUAUGUGGAAGAACUGAACCGACAUCUAAGUUGCACGGUUGCAGAUCUCCAGAACAAAAUAGACUGUUUAGAAAAGACCAAUUCAAAACUCCAAGAAGAGCUUGCAGCAGCUACUGACCGAAUUGGAUCCCUGCAGGAGGAGCAGCAGCAGCUAAAACAGCAGAAUGAAUUAAUUCGUGAACGGAGUGAAAAAAGUGUAGAGGUAACAAAAGAGGAUACAAAAGUAGAAUUGGAUACUUACAAGCAAUCUCGCCAGGGCCUUGAUGAAAUGUACAGCGAUGUUUGGAAGCAGUUGAAAGAAGAAAAAAAAAUCAGGCUGGAACUAGAGAAAGAGUUGGAGCUACAAAUUGGAAUGAAAACAGAAAUGGAAAUUGCCAUGAAACUUCUGGAAAAAGAUACUCAUGAAAAACAGGACACUUUAGUUGCCCUUCGCCAACAGUUAGAAGAAGUGAAGGCCAUUAACUUGCAGAUGUUUCACAAAUCCCAGAAUGCAGAGUGUUCAUUACAAGAAAAAACAGAAGCAAUAUCCUCUUUUGAAGGAAAAACAAAUGAGAUGAUGUCCUCUAUGAAACAAAUGGAAAAGAGGCUGCAGGAGGCAGAGAAGGCCAGGCAGGCAGCAGAGGAACGGUGCAAUAAGAUGAAGCAGGAGCUGGCUGGGAAGCUCAACUCAUGUCGGCAGCAGAUGGCCCAGCUGGACAGCAAAUGCUCAACUCUGGAAAAGGAGUUAAAAUCCGAAAAGGAACAGAGACAAACUUUGCAAAAAGAACUGCACCAAGAGAAGGAUGCUACCACUCUGCUUAAAACAGAAUUGCAACAGAUGGAAGGACUGAAAAAGGAGCUGAGAAAACUGCAAGAUGAGAAGCAGCAGCUGAAGAAAGUCCGUGAGGAGCAGGAGCAAGCUCUUCAAGAAAUGGGACUUCAUCUCAGCCAAUCGAAGCUGAAGAUGGAAGACAUUAAAGAAGUAAAUAAAGCACUAAAGGGUCACACGUGGCUGAAGGAUGAUGAAGCAACUCACUGCAAGCAAUGUAAAAAGGAAUUCUCCAUCUCAAGAAGGAAGCACCACUGCAGAAACUGCGGGGACAUCUUCUGCAACACUUGUUCCAGUAACGAACUCGCGCUGCCAUCCUACCCCAAACCCGUCCGUGUCUGUGAUAAUUGUCACACAUUGCUGCUCCAGCAGUGCUCCUCUAACUCCUCCUAAGGCUCUCCCACCCUUGACAGAGCCACUUUAACAUUGGAAAGUAGCCAUUAUUUUUUUAAUUCUGAAUUGCAGGUGUCUUCUGUGCAGCAGACUGGACUGGCUGGUCUGAUAAUUUCCACUGUAAGGGCAAUGUAAAUUAAUUUGUAGAGAUUGUGCAAACUAAUGCUUCUCCAACUGAAAUAAUUAAGGAGCUUAUAUCAACUGUAAUUUCCCCAAAAGUUCUAUUUGAAACUAAGAUUCAUUUUUCUGAUUUUUAUAGAUAUUUGUAUUAAAAUUUGUAUAUGGCAUUUCUACAUUUAUUUGAUCCCUGUAGACAUCAUUGUCUCUCUGUACAUGAAACUUAAUUUCUUUACCUUCACUGUAGGUGCUCCAUGUGUUCCCCUGGCUCGUGUACAGUUUUGUAUUUGCUCUAAGUCAUUCAGAGAGGAAAAGGUCAAUUUAUGAAUUGUCUAUAGAAAGCUUUAUAAGGAGUGUCAAUGAAUGUGCCUUCAGUUCACUGCAGAGUCAAAAACUGCACAUUAUACUUGUUCUGGAAGUCGCCGUGCCCACCGUGCAGUAGUUACACAAUAAAGUCUUUUGC